AUGGGCGACGUGCUUGUUGACAACCCUGUGAACAUUGUUCCACCUCAUAAGAAACAUCCCAUCUCAGACGCCAUCCCCGAAAUCGACUCAUUAGAAGGGGCCGGUGCCGAUGCGAACGAUGACUAUGCGACCUUGAAGAGAUUGCAAAGACACUUAGAGUACAUCAAGUUGCAAGAAGAAUACAUCAAGGAUGAGCAGAGAUCACUCAAGCGCGAGCUUGUCCGGGCGCAAGAAGAAAUCAAACGAAUCCAGAGUGUACCGCUGGUCAUCGGCCAAUUCAUGGAAGCAAUUGACCAGAACACUGGUAUCGUACAAUCUUCAACGGGCUCGAACUACGUCGUCCGCAUUCUCUCCACACUCGACCGUGAGAAGCUUAAGCCAUCCUCUUCUGUUGCUCUCCACCGCCACUCCAACUCGCUUGUCGACAUCCUCCCGCCUGAAGCAGACUCUUCGAUUGCGAUGCUUGGACAGGACGAGAAACCGGACGUCACAUACGCUGACGUUGGCGGUUUAGACAUGCAAAAGCAAGAAAUUCGAGAGGCUGUUGAGUUACCCCUGACGCAUUUCGACCUCUACAAACAGAUUGGCAUUGACCCACCACGUGGCGUUUUGCUGUAUGGGCCCCCAGGAACUGGCAAGACGAUGUUGGUGAAAGCCGUGGCCAACAGCACGACUGCCAGCUUUAUCAGAGUUGUCGGUUCAGAGUUCGUGCAGAAAUACCUGGGUGAAGGUCCGCGCAUGGUCCGAGACGUGUUCCGCAUGGCCCGUGAGAACUCACCUGCCAUAAUCUUCAUUGAUGAGAUCGAUGCAAUUGCGACCAAACGAUUCGACGCUCAGACUGGUGCCGACCGGGAGGUCCAGCGUAUCCUUCUGGAGUUGCUCAACCAGAUGGAUGGCUUCGAUCAGACGAGCAACGUCAAAGUCAUCAUGGCCACCAACCGAGCAGACACCUUGGACCCUGCGUUAUUGCGACCUGGUCGUCUAGACAGAAAGAUCGAAUUCCCUUCUCUCCGCGACCGCCGAGAACGGCGACUGAUAUUUUCCACAAUUGCCAGCAAAAUGUCAUUAUCACCUGAAGUCGACUUGGACUCGCUCAUUGUACGGAAUGAUCCGUUGUCAGGAGCCAUCAUCGCAGCAAUUAUGCAAGAAGCUGGGCUGAGGGCGGUAAGGAAGAACAGGUACAAUAUCAUUCAGGCGGAUCUGGAGGAUGCCUAUUCGAGUCAAGUCAAGGGAGCUCAAGAGGCCGACAAGUUUGAUUUCUACAAAUAG